ACGCCUCUCCGAGCUGCCGGCCGCUCGCCAGCCCCGCCGCCUGCUCCCUGCUCCGGCCUCGCCGACCCACGCCACCACCAUGAGCCAGUCCUACUCCUCCAGCCAGCGGGUCUCUUCUUACCGCCGCACCUUUGGCGGCUCCCCGGUCUUCCCCCGUGCCUCCUUCGGGAGCAAGGGCAGCAGCGGCAGCUCCGUCACCUCCCGCGUCUACCAGGUGUCCCGCACCUCGGCCGUCCCCAGCCUGUCCAGCUUCCGCACCACCCGCGUGACACCCCUGCGCUCCUACCAAAGUGCCUACCAAGGUGCCGGCGAGCUGCUGGACUUCAGCCUGGCCGAUGCCAUGAACCAGGAGUUCCUCCAGACCCGCACCAAUGAGAAGGUGGAGCUGCAGGAGCUCAAUGACCGUUUUGCCAACUACAUUGAAAAGGUGAGGUUCUUGGAGCAGCAGAAUGCCCUCAUGGUGGCCGAGGUGAACCGCCUGCGGGGCAAGGAGCCCACCCGCGUGGCUGAGAUGUAUGAGGAGGAGCUGCGGGAGCUCCGGCGCCAGGUGGACCUGCUCACCAACCAGCGAGCUCGUGUGGAGGUCGAGCGCGACAACCUGCUCGAUGACCUGCAGAAGCUCAAGCAGAAGCUGCAAGAGGAGAUCCAGCUGAAGGAGGAGGCUGAGAACAACCUCGCUGCAUUCAGAGCUGACGUGGACGCGGCCACACUGGCACGCAUCGACCUGGAAAGACGUAUCGAGUCCCUGCAGGAGGAGAUCGCCUUCCUCAAGAAAGUGCACGAAGAGGAAAUCCGGGAGCUGCAGGCACAGCUGCAGGAGCAGCACAUUCAGGUGGAGAUGGACAUCUCCAAACCCGAUUUGACGGCUGCGCUGCGGGACAUCCGUGCUCAGUAUGAGAGCAUUGCUGCCAAGAACAUCGCCGAGGCCGAGGAGUGGUACAAGUCCAAGGUGAAUGACCUGACGCAGGCAGCCAACAAGAACAAUGAUGCACUGCGGCAGGCAAAACAGGAGAUGUUGGAGUACCGGCACCAGAUCCAGUCCUACACCUGCGAGAUUGAUGCCCUCAAGGGCACGAAUGACUCGCUGAUGCGCCAGAUGAGGGAGAUGGAGGAGCGCUUUGCGGGGGAGGCCGGUGGGUACCAGGACACCAUUGCCCGCCUGGAGGAGGAGAUCCGGCACCUGAAGGAUGAGAUGGCCCGGCAUCUGCGCGAGUACCAGGACCUGCUCAAUGUCAAGAUGGCCUUGGAUGUAGAGAUCGCCACAUACCGCAAGCUGCUGGAGGGCGAGGAGAAUCGGAUCAGCAUCCCCAUGCACCAGACCUUCGCCUCUGCACUGAAUUUCCGAGAGACCAGCCCAGAGCAGCGGGGCUCUGAAGUGCACACCAAAAAGACCGUGAUGAUCAAAACCAUCGAAACCCGUGAUGGGGAGGUGGUGAGUGAGGCGACCCAGCAGCAGCAUGAAGUGCUGUAGAGGAGGUUGCUCCAGCAGCCCACUGGCACAUUCUGUCCCUGCCUCCGUCCUACCGCCAUGCCCCCCUCCUGCCCCCCGCCUCGCCCCUCAGUGAUCCCCCAGCACUGCCUGAGGGGUUUCCCCAUGCAGCUGCCUCUGGGCCCCCCACACCCCUGGGCUCUCUCCUUUGGCUUUGAAAGGCUCGGUCUGCUUUUGCAGCUUCACAGCGGCCACGCCAGCGUCAGGAUCAGGCCAGGGCCGGGGGAGGGGCGGCAGGGGGGAGGGGACAGGCAGGAGGGGCUGGGGGGAGCAGGUGGUGGCCUAGACCAGCUCCAUGGAGAGCCGGACGGUCCCAGCAGCGGGUUCUGGAUCCCCCCGCAGGCCCCUUCCCACGCUGGGCACAGGCUUGGGGUUCAUUCCACAGGAGUGGGGACCCAUCCCCCUGUGCCAGCACUGCCAUCCCCCUGGAGCUGGCACUUCUCCAGGUGCAUAGCGGUGAUGCCAGGGAUGGGGACAAGCUAGAGGUGGUCCGGGCUGAGCCCCUUGUUCUCUGUCCGGCUCAGAGCAAGGGGGCUCCCAACCUGCAUGUCCCCCCCAGCCCAGGGGGGCUGGGGCCCUUCGCUCCUCCCGGCCAAGAUAAAGGCCUGUGGGGCAGAGGAGGGCAGUGCCCGCCCCCCCACCAUGGCGGGGACCCCCAGCAGCUGGAGGCUGCACGGGUCUGGGCUCGUGAGCCGAGAGGGUACCCGUAGGUGGACAUAGGAGAGAGGAGGAGUGAGUGAAUGGGAGAGAGGGGGGAGAGAAUGGGAGGAGCCAGAGAGAGGCCCGGGGGGCCAGGGCAGGCAUCCCCACCCCUCGCCCCAAUGCACCCCCACCCCACCACAUCUAUGUGACUCUUCAGGCGGCCAAAAUAAACAACGGAGCAUCACCCUGUC